AUGGACACUCGUUACCAGCCCGAAGGCCUGUCAUUUGACAACAAACCAGCCUUCAACCCAAAUUUCAACAGCGGUCAGGGCUACUUCCCUGGCCCGGUCGAUGCCAAUGGAUACCCCAUAGAUGUCAAAGAGAGGGAGCCACGGCCAGACAACCCUUUUACUGACCCAGUUCCACAAUCAAAUCCCGUUAUGCCACCUCCAUCCAUCGACCUCGAGAAAGAGAAGCACGAUGAUGGUCAUGGCCAUGGCCACGGAGGCUGGGACUACCACUCGAAGAUCCCUCACAAGAAGGAUCCCAAUCAGCCAUAUCUUCCUUUCAGUGAAAGGCUCCGCCACUUCACAUGGGCUUGGUACACACUGACUAUGGCCACGGGUGGUAUCGCGACCCUCAUCUCUAUCCAGCCACACUCCUUUCCUGGUCUCAUCACUAUUGGCGCAGUCUUCUUCAUCCUCAACUUGAUCUUCUUUUUCGGCAUCACUGGAACAAUGAUCCUUCGGUUCACCAAGUUUCCCGGUUCUUUCAAGGCUUCGAUCACUCACGAGCGUGAAGGUCUCUUCCUUGGACCUUUCUUCCUCUCCGUAGCCACCAUCAUUACAGGUACACAGAAGUACAUUAUCCAGGCAUACGAGGUAGACCACCCCAACCGCUCUUGGGCGGUCACCAGCAUAGCGGUUGCCUUCUGGGCUUACACUUUCAUGACCUUCUGUCUGGCGUCCUUCCAAUAUUCGUUCUUGUUCUGUUGCCACACCUACAAGCUGACUAGCUUUAUGCCAUCGUGGCUCUUGCCUGUCUUCCCAGUCAUGUUGGCUGGUACUAUUGCUUCGGUCAUUGCUCAAGAUCAGCCAGUAAGCUCAAGAAUGCCAAUUCUCGUCGCUGGUCUAGGUUGCCAGGGCCUCGGCUUCACCAUGGCUAUCAUCAUGUACGCACACUACAUCGGACGCUUGAUGCAGGUCGGUUACCCUGGACGUGAACACCGAGGAGCCAUGUUUAUUGGUGUUGGACCACCUUCCUUCACCUGCCUUGCUUUGAUCGGAAUGGCAAACGCUCUCCCAGACGACUUCGAUCUGCAGGGUGACGGCCUUGUUGACGCCAAAAUGCUGCGAACAUUGGCGCGAUCGUUGUUGCAUUGUUCCUGGGCUCUCUACUUCCAUUUGGGAUGGUGGGCUAUGGUCUUCCCUAACACUGGGUUCGUCAUCGCUACAAUCUCAAUUGGCAACGCUCUUCAGGACGAGACGAUACUCUUCGUAGGCAAUGGGCUCACCAUCGCAAUCCUGUGCAUGUGGGUCUACGUCCUGUUCAACCACGUUCAAGCUGUGAUUGUUGGAGACAUCAUGUACCCCAUGAUGGACGAAGACAACGCGGAUCAUUGA